UUCCCACAAUCCUUAGGUCCUUCUGUCUCUCCCGGCUCCCGUCUGUUCUUCCGGUGGCGAUGGCUGCGGCCGUGGCUGGGAUGCUGCGAGGGGGUCUCCUGCCCCAGGCGGGCCGGCUGCCCACCCUCCAGACUGUCCGUUGUGGCUCCAAGGCUGUUACCCGCCAUCGUCGUGUGAUGCACUUCCAGCGGCAGAAGCUGAUGGCUCUGACUGAGUAUAUCCCCCCAAAACCCGUGGUCAACCCGAGAUGCCUACCAUGUCCUCCCAGUCCCCCACAGGAGGAGACAGGCCUUAUCCGGCUCCUCCGUCGGGAGCUAGAUGCAGUAUUCCAAGAGAACCGAAUGAUAGCUGUCUGUCAGAAUGUGGCUCUGAGUGCGGAGGACAAGCUUCUCAUACGGCACCGGCUGCGGAAGCACAAGAUCUUGAUGAAGAUCUUCCCCACCCAGGUUCUGAAGCCCUUCCUAGAGGAUUCCAAGUACCAAAACCUGCUGCCCCUCUUUGUGGGGCACAACUUCCUGCUGGUCAGCGAGGAGCCCAAGGUCAAGGAGAUGGUGCGAAUCUUAAAGGGUGUGCCUUUCCUGCCACUGCUCGGUGGCUGCAUCGACGGCACCAUCCUCAGCAGGCAGGGCUUCAUCAACUACUCCCAGCUUCCCAGCCUGGCCAUGGUGCGGGGGGAGCUGGUAGGAGGACUCACCUUCCGCAUGGCCCAGACCCACCUGUUGCUUCAGCACCAGCCCUUCCAGCUGACAGCCCUGCUGGACCAGUACAUGAGACAGCAACAGGAGGGGGACUCCGUCGCGCCAGCCAGUGGGCAGCCUGCUUCUCCUGACCCUGUUCCGAACUCCUAGCCAGCUUGUUGUACCCAGUCUGCCCAUAAACACACUCUACCCCUGUCGCCUGCGCCCUCAUCCAUCAGUCAGAAAUGUGGAAGCACUUGGGGUGGGGAGUGGCAUUCGGGACCUGACUUCACUGACCCCGACUUCACUGACCCCGACUUCCUCAGAUGCAGGGCCACCCAGGGAUGCAGAGACACCCCAUUUCCGAAUGGAGGCUCUGAAUUGCUGUCUUUGUCCCUAGUGUUCCCACCCUGGGACCUAACAGGAGCGGGCUUUUGGCUCUCCGGGUCCAGGGCAGAGGAACUGAUCAGGUGAUGAGGUUGCCCUCUGCCUCCAUGUCUGCUGUCCCUUGCUGCACGUGUCUCCCGGCCUACCCCCUCGUGGGCCCACCGUGCUGCAAUAGUCCCCCUCGGUACUUGUGCCGAGAGUGGCAUCUGUUGAGAGCCAGGCUCCGUGCUCACCACUUGACACACCUCCACUCUUCUCACCAUGUCACCCUAACAUCCCCCAUUUCACAGAGAAGUUCAGGAGUCUGCCCAAGGUCAUGCAGCUAAUAAGAGACCGAACAGGUGCUUGAACCAGGCUGUCUCUGCUCUGAAGACCAUGCCCUGGAUUUCCUGCCCUCAAGCUUCCUCAUUAGGGUCUGGGGUGUGCCUGAGUGUUAAUUCUCCACCCUCAGGGUGUGUCACGUUAUGGAAAGGUUGUGAGCACUGCUUGAUGAUAAAAUGAAACGCAUUUUACUUUCUCGGUUUUGCUGUUUGCAGGCUUAUCCUCGUGUAGACUUAUUCUCAGGGCUGCUUCUGAUUCUCACUUCCCCUCCUAGAAAAUCCUUCCUCUUUCCAUGUCCAGGUCCCUUACCUCCCUGGACCAAUCCCACAAAUGGCAUCUCUCACAUGUUUGUCCUUUUGAAGGUAGCUGCCAACUUUGCCCGGUAGCCAACAUGUCCCAGGUGAUUCUGAGCAAGAGCUGGGCCAAACCAGAAUUCUGUAUUAAUGAGGGGGUCUGGAGGCUCUCGAGUGGGAGGCCUCAUCCCAAUCUUGGAGAACCAGAAGUUCCUGAUGAAGGAGAGAGAAUGUUUAACUGGAAGCCUGCCCUUGUCCUUGAUUGGAGUAGGGAAGAUGGCUGUCGAACUUUCCUCCCAGACCUGGGGCAGCGCCACAGCUUCCUUAGUCUUGGACAGGCACCACUCUAGUAAUGACGAUCUGCAGCUUUUCUGUGGCCUGGUCCAGGACCAAUUUCCCACAGUGCCCAGCUCGGUGCUAUGUGCUCCAGGGAUGCUCGAUCAAUAGGAAGUGAAUUAAAAGGCCCCUGAGGCUCGUGGAUGUCAGAGCCAGUCUCGCCAGUGCUGCUCAGUGCCCUCCCUGACUCCCAGAACCCUGUCGGGUGCCAACAGCACCCUCCUGGGGCAGCAGGAGCCGUGCUGAGGUUCUGAAUGGCCAAGAGAACAGGCAUCUCCCAAAGGAUGUGUAAGAUCCUGUAGGGUAAACCAAGGCCUGGGUGGGGGAGGUGGCCCACAUCCUUUCUGGAUCAAAGAAUCCUGCACU